GAAGAAGAAGAAGUAGUUGCGGAAGUACGGCUUCCAAACAGAUUCCCGUUGGAAGAGUAAAAUACAGUAGAUCGCCUUUCUCCCCCCCCCCCCUUAUUAAAUCAAAUAAAAUCUUGGACUAACCAUUCCUCUAUAAGACGAUGGGCACUAGAGAUGACGAAUACGAUUAUUUGUUCAAAGUGGUCCUCAUCGGUGACUCGGGCGUGGGGAAGAGUAACCUGCUGUCCCGGUUCACCCGCAAUGAGUUCAACCUGGAGAGUAAGAGCACCAUCGGAGUGGAGUUUGCCACGCGCAGCAUCCAGGUGGACGGCAAGACGGUGAAGGCCCAGAUCUGGGACACAGCCGGCCAGGAGCGCUACCGGGCCAUCACAUCAGCGUACUACCGCGGGGCGGUGGGGGCUCUCCUGGUCUACGACAUUGCCAAGCAUCUAACUUACGAGAAUGUGGAGCGCUGGCUGAAGGAGCUGAGGGAUCACGCCGACAGCAACAUCGUCAUCAUGCUGGUGGGGAACAAGAGCGACCUGCGUCACCUCCGAGCUGUUCCCACCGACGAAGCGCGCGCUUUUGCUGAGAAGAACGGGUUAUCUUUCCUGGAGACGUCGGCUCUGGACUCCACCAACGUUGAGACGGCCUUCCAGACCAUCCUGACAGGUCGGUACUCUGUUUAGACGCUUUCCAACCGGAGGGAUUUUUUUGCAGUUCCUAGAACCCUACGUUCCUAGAACCCUACGUUCCUAGAAC